UACCGCUGUUUGAGCUCGUCGUCAUUGAAAGAGAUGAAGGUGGUUGCUGCUUAUAUGCUCGCCGUUAUGGGCGGCAACGCCAGUCCCUCUGCCGAUGAUGUUAAGAAAAUUCUCGGAUCAGUUGGAGCUGAAGCCGAUGAUAUUAAGAUUGAGUUGCUCUUGUCCCAACUCAAAGGAAAGGAUAUCACCGAGCUAGUUGCUUCCGGAAGAGAGAAAUUGGCAUCUGUGCCUACAGGCGGUUCAGCUGCCGUUGCAGCACCCGCCGCAGGUACUACCGCUGCAGCCCCUAGCCCUGCUGAGGAGAAGAAGGAAGAGAAGGUUGAAGAAGAGGAGGAGGAAGAUGAUUUUAUUGAUAAUCUCUUCGGCAAAGACGACUAGAAUCACAUAUGGUGUUGCUGACUCUUGAGUACCAGACCAAAACUCGUCAAUGGAUGUAUUGCCAUUGAUGAGGUUCCUAUCUUGUUAUUGCAUUUUAAGAUAUCUAUUUAAUUUU